ACUGUAUUGUAUAAAGCUGCUGCCGCGAGUCGGUAGAGGAGGAGUAGGAGGAGGAAGGGGCGUCUGAGUAGCAAAAUUUCUCCCCUGAUAGUGAACACAUCCGGAGUCCCGACGAUCGUAAUUUAAAAAUCACAUUGUCGUUUUAUGAAACAGAGUUUUAGAUGUAUAUAUUUUAAAAUUUAUUUAUGUCAUUUCGCUUAGUUUAUGCUUUACGUUAACACGCUGGGAGGGCAGAAAUGGCGGCCAACAUGUACCGGGUCGGAGAUUACGUCUUCUUUGAAAAUUCCUCCAGUAACCCUUACCUGAUCCGUCGGAUAGAGGAACUCAACAAGACCGCCAGUGGGAAUGUCGAGGCCAAGGUGGUUUGUUUCUACAGAAGGAGAGACAUCUCUCACAGCCUCAUCCAGCUCGCAGAUAAACACGCAAAGGAGUUGGAAGAAGAAAAAGAGAACCCAACAGAGACCGAGCUCACAGACAAGCAGAAACACCAGCUUCGUCACAGAGAGCUCUUCCUCUCCCGACAGUAUGAGAGUCUACCUGCGACACACAUCAGGGGGAAGUGCAGCGUCGCAUUAUUGAACGAGACUGAAGCCGUUCUUUCAUACCUUGACAAAGAGGACACUUUCUUCUACUCGCUGGUGUACGACCCGACUCAGAAGACCCUGCUGGCCGAUAAGGGGGAGAUCCGAGUGGGGCCGCGCUUUCAGGCAGAUGUACCUGAAAUGUUGCAGGAGGGAGAGGCAGAUGACAGGGACCAGUCCAAACUGGAAGAGAAGCUCUGGGAUCCAGAGUGUCCUCUGACCGACAAACAGAUAGAUCAGUUCCUAGUGGUGGCACGAGCGGUUGGGACCUUCGCCCGAGCGCUGGACUGCAGCAGUUCAGUUCGACAACCAAGCUUGCACAUGAGCGCAGCUGCGGCCUCUCGAGACAUCACACUGUUCCACGCGAUGGACACGCUGCAUCGUCAUAACUACGACCUGUCCAGCGCUCUGAGCGUUCUGGUCCCGGCGGGCGGCCCGGUGCUCUGCAGGGAUGAGAUGGAGGAGUGGAGCGCCUCGGAAGCGGCCAUGUUUGAAGAGGCUUUGGAGAAAUAUGGGAAAGACUUCAACGACAUCCGACAAGACUUUCUGCCAUGGAAGUCCCUGACCAGCAUCAUAGAGUACUACUACAUGUGGAAGACCACAGACAGAUAUGUGCAACAGAAGAGACUGAAGGCAGCUGAGGCAGAAAGCAAGCUGAAGCAGGUUUAUAUCCCCACAUACAACAAACCCAACCCCAACCAGAUCUCGAUGACCAAUGGUAAGAUGGCGACUGUGAACGGAGCGGGCCCCGGGGCCUUCCAUGCAGCGGGAGGCGGCCGAGCCUGCGAGAGCUGCUACACCAUGCAGUCGGCCCAGUGGUACUCCUGGGGGCCUCCCAACAUGCAGUGCCGCCUGUGCGUUUCCUGCUGGAUGUACUGGAAGAAGUACGGCGGUCUGAAGAUGCCGAGCAGAGCCGAGGCCCCAGAGGAGAGGACCUCCCCCACUCCUGCAAGCAACGAGUCCCGCUCCAGGAGUCACGUCCCCCGCCAGUCCAACCACAUGGUACCGAUGAGGAACAGCGGCAGUCCCAAGUCCUCCAUGAAGACCAAGCAGGCCUUCCUGCUGCAGGCCACCCGCCUCACCAAACUGGCUCGGCACAUGUGCCGGGACAUCAUCAGGCUGCGCCGCGCUGCGCGCCGGCCGUUUGUCCCCAUUAACUCUGGGGCCAUAAAGGCGGAGUACAUGUUAAGGGUGUCAGAAGGGCAGGGGACCCGGCUACCCAAAACCAGAGCGGCCCAGAGGAGCACUCUGACCAGUGUCCUGCAGUUUCUAGAGUCCCGGCCCAUGGCCCACGCCCCUCGCUCCCACCGCACCCCAGGCCUGCAGACGCCUCCGCCUCGCCGCCUCCUCUCCUCUCUCCCGCACGGACCCCACGGCAUGCUGGGAAAACGCAGCUACCACCACCACAGCAGGGCUGACCCAGAGAGGCGUUCAGAGAACCCCGGCUCAACAGGAGGACCUCUCAUCCACAACGGCCGCAGCAGCAGCAGCGGAAACACCAGAGGAGGAGUAAUGAUUCGCAAGAGACGCCCCAACUGGAUCGAUGCUCCCGAUGACAGCUUCUUCCUCGUUACCCGGGAGACCAGGAGGACGCGACGGCUGCUGUCCCGCUCCCAGCUGAGGCACGCCUGUCGACAGCCCUGCGAGCAAAUCACCCUGCGCAGGGUCUCCCACGGACCCCCGCAGGGGCUGGUCCUGGCCCCUCCACACCCACACCCCAGCUUGAGGAUGCGGGGCCCCAUCGUCAUCCACGAUUGAUCAGUCAAACUUCGGACUUUCAGACCUCCACGCUGCAUCUGCACACCUGUUCUUUGAAUACAUCCUCAGUUCUUUGGAAGCUAAAAACGCAGUUUUAACCCAACAACACGAUUAAACACGCUGUUUGGCAACAGAGGGAUGCGUUGAUGAGCCUUGAUGCAAUAGAAACACAAGCCUGACUGAUAACUGCUUCCUGUCUUUGACUCCCUUAGGAAUUUGCUCCUACUUAUUCACGCAGGCGAGUCUCAAUAAAUUAGAACGUCACGGAAAAGUUCUUUUAUGACAAUAAUUUGAUUCAAAAGGCCAAUAUACAGCUCUGGAAAAAAAAUUUAGAGCCCAUUGCACAGAACCCCACUAAAAAUCUCAUCGUUCUUCCACCAAAUAUUGAUUUCUUAACUCUUUCUGAGUUCAAACAUUAGCAUUGUUGUUUCUAAAUUAACAUAAACUUGUUUUCUUUGCAUUAUUUGAGGUCUGAAAGCUCUGCAUCUUUUUUGCUUUUUUGUCCAUUUCUCAUAUUCUGCAAAAAAUACAAAAUUGUUGUUGGAAUUUCAGAGACAUGUUGUCAAUAGUUCAUAAACUAAAAGACGAAUACUCAUUUUUCUCAAACACAUACCUAUAAAAACUGAAAUCAGAGAGGCUGGCCUCUUAAUUCUUUCCACUGCUGUAUAUUUAAUAGGUUCAAUAUGCACACGAUGACAUAUUUAAAGCAUUUGUUUCUGUUCAUAUUCAGGAUUUUGGCUUUUUUUUUUACCUUCCACUCAACUUUUAGAUUAUAUGCUUGACCAGAUGUAGUUUUGAAGAUUGUGGCAAAAUUUUUAUUCUCUCAUUAAGUGUGAAUUUUACAGAAAUUACACUAAAAUGUUACGUUAUGAUGGAAAACUCCUGACUCUUUGUUAGCCAGACCCUCUGAAGCUGGCUGUUCAGAGCGUUAUAUCCAAGCAUUUUAAUGGAAAGUUGAGUGGAAGGAAAAACUAUAAUAGCUGAAACCCAUAGUAAUUAAAAUUCACAUAAAUAAUUGCUUGAAAUAUAUUUCUGUGCACAAUUAAUCUGUGAUUCGACUUACUUUUGGAGUCGAUUUAUUACAAUGAAUGACUUUUUGAUGUUUUGAUUUAUUGAGAUGCAUCUGUGUGCUGUAUAUGAGUGCAUGUGAGUGUGUGACUGAGAGCGUGUUUAUCCAAGUGACAUAAGGGAAUCUGUGUGCUGUUCCUGUUUUUAAUGGCUGGACAUAACGACACGACUCUGUGCAAUCUUUUGUUUUCAUGGUGAAUUCUUGUGAAGUUUCAUCAGCUUGUAUAAAGUUAUUUUAGGACCGGGAGUGGGAGGGUAGAUAAAGACGGGGUGGGACGGGAUUUCAUGGGGGUUGUCUUUUAAAAGAAAGACCAAUGUUCAGAACUGACAUUGAAAAAAAGAAACUGCACUACGCUGAGUUCGAAACAGCUUUUUCAGAACCUGCUGCUUUAAACUGGCUAACAUGGCGUUGCGGCGUUAAGGAACAGUCAAAGUAAAUCCACGAAAGCAAUGCUGGGAUCAGCCUCUCACAGAAACCAGUGUAUAAUAAUUUGUAUAUCUCAUUACAAAACUGUAACGUCUUCACAUCCAAUUUCUAACAUGGAUACUGAAGCAUCUCAUUUGCAUAAAAAUAGGGCAUGGACGUGUCACACUGACCCUGAAGGUUGCAACUUUCAAUGUCUUGCAAAAGUAACCAAACCCCUUGAACAGUUUUCACCAUUUGUCAUCUUCAUAUCACUAACUCUAAUGUACUUCAUUUGGAUUUUAUGUUAUAAACCAACUCAAAGUGGUACACCACCAUGUGUCCAUAUGUGGAUGGUGUGUUAGUUUUGAUAUCCUCUGACUUUUUUCCACAUGUUUGCAGCUCCUCUGCUUAUCUGAUUAGAGCUCUCCUUCCCAGGUUGAAUACAAAUGCACGCCACACUUUUCAGCCACACAAAUUAGAAACCCGAUGGGUCGUUUUCCUUCCUCUUCACAGUUCUGCAUUACUUUGUGUUGGUCAAAAUACAUUAAAAGCUUGCUGUUGUGUCGUGACAACACGUGAAAAACUUCGACGCGUUUCAAAACUUUUGCAAGACAACAAACCUGCAACUUUCAGAGGCAGAAAAAUAUGUGCAGCUUUGUCAGGAGCUCUGCUCUUUUCCUUUCCUAUGAGCAAACAGUCAGGUUUUACUCUGUUGCAGCGUUGCCUCCUGAAGUUGCCCGUCCAGCCUUCAGGUGUGUCUAUUCUGAGUUUUGAAACUGGCAUGUCUUCGACCCGACGGGUCACAUGAUUUCUUCUCCUUCAUUCAGAAUGUUUCUGUUAGUGUUUCCUGUCUGUCAUGUGUUGAAUUAUGAAUAUGCUGAGAAUAAUAAAAAGGGGGGGGGAAAAACACAA